AUGAACACUACUCCACUCAGUGCCGUAACAGAAAUCCCCUCUACAGACAGUGAGGUACCAUACGUUCUUGAAAAGAAACGCGCAUCUCUUGUAAUUCCACCUCCACCAAUUUCUGAAGAGAAAAGGCCAUCUGAGGACAAGCCAUUGAUUCAGUGUGAUAGACCUUCCUCACCAGCUGCUUACGAGAAAGGGGAGCACCAAUAUAGCAACUUACCCUCACCAUGUCCUGAGCCUAAGAGUCCGUCUGAUACCCAUUUGAUGCCACCCAUAGCUGAAGCAAAUGAGCAAAGUAACUCUAACAGGCCGGGUCUACGACGGCGCGAGAGUUGUGAUUCAAUCACCCUUGAUCCUAAUGGCUACAUAACAUUUAUUGCCUCCGAAGGCGAAAGGCUAUCGGAAGACCAGCCAGAGAGUCCUGCAUCUGAUACAAACAUGCUGCCUGAUGGGCCUUCUUCGUCAGCUGUUUUGAAUUCACCCGUCCAUGAACCAAGGGACCCGUCUGAUGACAGUUUGAUACCACGCACAGCUGAAGCAACAGAGCAAUGUGUCUCUAGCAGGCCAGAUGAGUUGCAGCCUUCCCGUAAACCUUCAGUAAUUUCUGUUCAGUGGCCAUCACCUUCUGAUGAAAUAAGAGCCCGGUUUAAACCUCCAGCCCUGCCACCUGCAAGGAAACCAUCCACGACUUCCACCCAAAUCAUUCCUAGAUGUGUAAGCUAUCCGACAUCAUAUCCUGAGAAAAGGAGCGAGAUAGAGUCCAGCGGAUAUCCACAACCUCGCUUGUCUCAAAUAAGAAGGACAUCGGGCGCUGCCAUGAACACUACUCCACUCAGUGCCGUAACAGAAAUCCCCUCUACAGACAGUGAGGUACCAUACGUUCUUGAAAAGAAACGCGCAUCUCUUGUAAUUCCACCUCCACCAAUUUCUGAAGAGAAAAGGCCAUCUGAGGACAAGCCAUUGAUUCAGUGUGAUAGACCUUCCUCACCAGCUGCUUACGAGAAAGGGGAGCACCAAUAUAGCAACUUACCCUCACCAUGUCCUGAGCCUAAGAGUCCGUCUGAUACCCAUUUGAUGCCACCCAUAGCUGAAGCAAAUGAGCAAAGUAACUCUAACAGGCCGGGUCUACGACGGCGCGAGAGUUGUGAUUCAAUCACCCUUGAUCCUAAUGGCUACAUAACAUUUAUUGCCUCCGAAGGCGAAAGGCUAUCGGAAGACCAGCCAGAGAGUCCUGCAUCUGAUACAAACAUGCUGCCUGAUGGGCCUUCUUCGUCAGCUGUUUUGAAUUCACCCGUCCAUGAACCAAGGGACCCGUCUGAUGACAGUUUGAUACCACGCACAGCUGAAGCAACAGAGCAAUGUGUCUCUAGCAGGCCAGGUCUGUCACAGCGCGAGAGCUGUGAUUCUGUCGCUCUUGAUCCCCAAGGCUACGUAAAGUGCAUUUCUUAG